AUGAGAUUGUGCUUGGUAUUUAAUUAAGCAGAAGCCUUUCUCCAAGACACGUCUUCGUUCUAAUCUGUGCUUUCUCGUAAACCACGAAGCUGGUGGUGCCUGACUCUAUUUCAUAUCAGCUGCCCCUGCCCCUCCCGACAUCGAACGAGCUCCCUGCAUAUCGGACCUGCUGGCUGGACCCCCCUCCGGUCGGCGACCGCGAUAGCAUUCACGACCAGCCCGUUCUUCCUGUCUGCUGCACACCGCUCUGUGCACAAGAGCGAGGCUUUCCAGCUACAUUCAGAGGCAGGCGACAGAAGCAACAACGUCACAGGCAUAACAUAUAGACACACUACUCCCACCACAAUGACGCAGACCACCAGAGUCCACCCGACGCAGGCGACGCUCCCGAGCGAGAAUCCGUCCAAGUCGUACUGGCACACACAGCCGUCCGAGAAGCUCUUGGGACACCGGACGACGAGCGACCUGCCCGAGUCGGCAGAUGUCAUCAUUGUCGGGAGCGGCAUCUCGGGCACCUUUGCCGCCCAGACGCUGCGCGAGAAGCGGCCGGAGCUCAAGGUGGUCAUGCUCGAGGCCCGCGAGGCAUGUUGGGGCGCCACAGGCCGUAAUGGCGGACAUUGCCAGCCUCUGAUCUACCUGCAACAACCGCACGUCGCCUCGUUCGAGCUGCGCAACUACUUCCACGUCAAGAGCCUCGUCGAGGAACUGUCCAUCCCUUGCGACUGGCGCUCGACAUCCGGCGUCCACGCCUUCUACGCCGAGGACGUGUGGGCCGCCGCCCAGAGCACCGUCAGCAAGCUCAAGGACACAUACCCGGACCUCGCGGCCAACGUGUCGCUCGUGCGCAAGGGCAAAGAUGGCAGCCCGGCCUGGCUGCUCGAGGACGAGCGCAAGGAGCUCACGCUCGACGCGCUGCGGAUCGGCAACGCCGAGGGCGCCGUGAUCCAGUGGCACGCCGCCAGCCUGUGGCCGUACAAGCUCGUCGCCUUUAUACUGGAGAAGCUGCUCGCCGAGUCGGCAAACGACGAUGGCGGCGGCGCUUUCAACUUGCAGACCAAGACGCCGGCGACGGGGAUCUCGAGGGUUGUCGGGGGAACAAACAUCAAGAACCACCCGUGGACGGUACACACCCCGCGAGGCAACAUCUCGGCUUCCCAGGUGCUCCUCUGCACAAACGGCUACACCUCGCAUCUGCUGGAGCAGUUCAGCGAUCUGAUCGUCCCGGUCCGCGGGCAGGUCUCGGCCCUGAAGCCACCGCAAGAGCCCUCACCGAACCACCCGCCGCUCGACAUUGGCCACACCUACGGCAUCAUCGCUGGUCCGGCCGACGACUACCUGAUUCAGAGACCGCCUCCGUCAGCCGAGCUCAUCUUUGGAGGUGGCCGACCACAUGCCAAGAAUGAAGGUGUGGGCGUGUCUGACGACAGCGCCGUCGACGAGCCGGUUUCAUGGUAUCUGCGUGGCGAGCUGUCUGGACUGGUCGAUCUGAGCAUCCGGGAGACUAACCCCUCGGAUUCCUCGGCCAAGCCAUCCACAAAGGCCGACGACGAGGAAGCCAGCAACAACAACGAAACGGGACAGGUCGCCAAGCACGACCUGACCCCUACCCACGACUGGUCUGGCAUCAUGGGAUACAGCCGCGACGAGUACCCCUGGGUCGGCCCCGUGCCCGAGAGCCUGGGCGGUGGCAAGGGGUUGUACCUGUGUGGAGGUUACACCGGCCACGGCAUGCCGAAUGCGCCGUUGUCGGCCAAGGCCGUGGUCGAGCUCAUGUUGAGCGUCAUGGUUGGGGAUGACGACGAGGUGGAUAUACCCAUGGAGUACCUGAUUACAGAGAAGCGAGUAAACGAAGCCAGGCGCCGGAAGCCUGUCGGUGAGGAGAAGGUUGGUGUUGCUGGGCUACGGAACUAUUGAUUGGCCGCGUUCCAGCUGAAAUCCAGCCGACGCUCGAGUGUACUAGAGACAGUGGGAAGAAGCAAUUCCCCGGGGGG